AUGACGCGUGGUCCGUACAUUGUUCCGGCGCUCACGAAGCACACCGCUACUGUUAUCAUGGCCCACGGGUUGGGAGACAGUGGCGCCGGAUGGAUGUCCCUUGCCCAGACCUGGCGCCGCCGCGGCAAGUUCGACGAGGUGGCCUUCAUCUUUCCUAAUGCGCCCGACAUCCCGAUCACAGUUAACUUCGGUAUGAGCAUGCCCGGAUGGUACGACCUCACCAAGCUUGGCGGUGACGUGAGUUCAUUCCCAGAAUCCCCGAAUAAACUCACAGCGCUAACCGUCCUCUCCUUCAUCCAGUUGGACUACCAAGAAGCCCUCCGCCACCAGGAUGAACGAGGAAUUCUCCGCUCCCGCGACUACUUUAAUACGCUCAUCGAGCAAGAGAUGAAAAAGAACAUCAAGGCCUCACGUAUCAUCCUGGGCGGAUUCUCCCAGGGCGGUGCGAUUUCCCUGUUCGCCGGUGUGACUAACAAGGAAAAGCUCGGCGGUGUCUUUGGUAUGUCGUCCUACCUGCCAUUGAGCGACCGGAUUAAGAACUACAUGCCCGAAGAGUGGGCCAACAAGAAGACGCCGUUCUUCCUUGCCCACGGUGUCGAGGAUAAUGUUAUUCCAUUCGCUUUUGGGAAGAUCUCAGCGGCUAAGCUUAAGGAGCUUGGCCAAGAGAACGUUUCCUUCAACCAAUACGAAAAUCUCGGUCACUCCGCGACCCCCGAGGAAAUUGAUGACUUAGAGAACUUCAUUGAGAAGGCCCUCACCGCUGGAGGAGAGGGCAAUGUUUCUGCUGGUCUAUGA